AAAGACUGCUUUAUUUGUAACUUACACCCCAACUACACUAAAACCGUCACUGCCGCAACUCCUUUCUCUCUCUAGAACUAAUUCCCUCUCUUUCUCUCUCUUCUGCUACCUGAAAAACUGUUCAGUUUUCCAUUGUUACGCAAAAAACAAACGAAAAAACAAUCAAUAAAUCAUUCAGAGAGUUUUUUUUUUUUGAGAAGCGUCAAAAAUUUAAUUGAAUGGGGAAGAUCAAAGAAGUGCAGUCUGAGAAAACGAAAGUUGAUGUUGUUCUUGACAUUUUGAGGAAACAAUCUCCUCUUUCUCUUAAACAAGAGAAAUUCUGUAACACGGCAUGUGUAGAGAGGUUUUUGAAGGUUAAAGGUGAAAAUGCGAAGAAGGCGGCAAAACUAUUGAGAGCUUGUCUUACUUGGAGAAAUACUAUUGGCACCGAAAAUUUAAUAGCGGAUGAGUUUUCCGGGGAGCUAGCUGAAGGAGUAGCAUAUGUAGCUGGGCAUGAUGAAGAGUCCAGACCUGUGAUUGUUUUCCGAAUCAAGCAAGAUUAUCAGAAGUUCCAUUCUCAGAAACUAUUUACUCGUUUGAUGGUUUUCACACUUGAAGUAGCAGUUCAAACCAUGCCUAGAAAUGUCGAACAAUUUGUCAUCCUCUUUGAUGCAAGCUUUUUCAGAUCAGCAUCAGCUUUCAUGAACAUAGUGCUCCCAACACUUAAGAUUGUAGCUGAGUACUAUCCUGCCCGUCUUCACAGGACCUUUCUUAUUGAUCCUCCUUCCCUCUUCUCUUAUCUUUGGAAGGGAGUCCGGCCAUUCAUUGAGCUAUCAAACUUAACCACCAUAGUCUCCUCAACUGACUACGAAGGCUCAAUCUCACUAGACUACGACGACUUUUCAAUCUACCCACGAGCCUCUUCUCUCCGGUUCAACCCGUCCUCAAUCCCGGUUUCUUCCUCCACCGGAAAAAUCGGUUCAUGUGCAUCUUCCCGGUUCUCCUUCACAGUCUCACACCAUUUAGACUCACUCAAACCAUGGUACCUUAGUCUCACAGCUGACUCAACUUCCUCCAAAGUAGGCCCCACAACAAAAACAAACUCCACGUCAUCUUCCAUCCUGGGCCCCAAUCCUCGUUCCUUCUCAUUUGCAUCACCCAUUGAUAGAGGUCCACGUGGCGGGUAUAAUCUCAAUAAUGGAGAAAAGCUUUUGAGGAAGAAUUUUAUUCCGUCAACGCCGGUCCCACUUAAGUCUCAUAAUGCUGACGUGGCUGGAGUCAAACAACCGAGAACACCAAAAGCGUCGUUUUUAUUUGGUCGACGUGAGUCGUUAAGUCAAACGGGUUGCCACGUAAGCAGCAAAGUUGAGAAAUCUAAAGAAGGUUUUUUGCCCUAUUUUAAGUUUUAUCGUAGGCCUUAUGAUGAAAUGAUCUAUCGGUCGAAAAUGAAACCUCCACUUGGGGGGUUAAUCUCGAUCGUUGCUCCACAACAUUGCCGGCGCCGUCAUAUAUCUGUUUCUCAACGGUUUUGAAUGCAAUUAAAAUUAAAUCAAGAGGGAAAAAAGGGAGAAAAGAGAAGUACAUAAAGAGUAUAUUGAGUAUAUCAACAAUGAUCAUGAUAGUAUGAUGUCAACAUUAAUUAAUACUUUUAUAUUAUUAUAAGUGGAAUGUUAUUGUUUCUUAAUUAUUAUUAUGGUUCAUUUAAUUCUUAUAAUGGUUUAAACAAAAUUGAUGUUUUAUUGUUUGGCUGUUUGGUU